UCCCUUUUCUUUUUGCUUUGAGACAAACUGCAGGGAUCAAUAAUGGAGAGAAGGCGAUCAUCGUCGUCGUCCUUUUCGUCACCGCUGUUAUCAAAAAGAGAAUUACCGAGGCAGACGACGUGGGAGCUCCUCAGACUCUGCCCACCAACAGGCAAGACUCGCAGCGAGGCCACCGAGCAAGAGGACGAGCAGCAUCAGCACGGCGGCACUCUCAAAUGUGCGUGGAUCCUCGAUUGGAAGAGACGCGGACAGAAAUCGUUGAAAAAAGGGCUCCACGACCGAAUGAAGAGAGCGGCUACACUGGAAAGAUUUCUCAAAGCGAAGUACCUCCUGGACCGCUUUAUUGACAAGCAACUCAGCCGAUACGAGCCGCGCUCCCACAGGUCAUCGGCUCCAAUCCGUCCUGGCAAGGUUGCGGGCGAGCUCAUGCCGUCGUCGAGAUGCCGACUGGAGAACUCCCUGUAUUGGCUCGGCGAUUGGCGUCCCUCGGCCAUCUUCACACUCCUUUUCCUCUUCAUCCGUGCGUCCCGGUUCAAUCUAAGGACCUGGCAGAUCAAGGUCUUGAAUCGUUGUCGCCAAGACGCCCGCAUCGAGGAAGCCAUCCUGGAAGAAGAGCUCGGCGAGUAUCAGGCCACAUGCAUACUCAGGCUGCCGUUCGCCGGAGCGGGAGCCGACUUUGACGAGGACAGCACAUGCAGGACCGAGACGGCCGUCCACUCCUUACAGUUGGGUUUGAAGAAGAUAGUCCGAAUCGUCGCUCGAGCUCAGCAGCUCAGGUACAGGGUGCUCGAGCUCAUCGUCAAGAGGGUGCUUGACCGUACAGACGCUGCAGAAUUCUUGGUGGCCUUCGCCGGAAUUCAGGAUAUGGUCCACCAUUUUGCCUCAUGCCACAAGCGCAUAAAUGGUCCAGUAUGCAUUUCCAUGGAGACCUUCGCGUCAUAAUGUGGAAACUGGCAGAAAGGAUCAAUUUGGUUCUUCAUUAUCAUGAAAAGUUGAAAACCUCUCUCUCUCUCUCUCUCUCUCUCUCU